AACCCAUCCACCUUCUUCCCUCCCAAUCUCCCAACCACACAUCACCACCAGACGCAAAAUCUACCUACCCACUAUGGCCCUCGUCGCCUACUCCGACUCCGAAGCCUCGGACUCAGAGCCCGAAACCACCGUCCCUCAACCCCCACAAGCCUCGAAGAAACCCAUCACCAGUACCGCAACCACCACCACAACCACCAGCAACAGCAACAACAACAACAACAACAACAAACUCGUCGACCGCACCAACCCCCGCAAAAUCCGCGUCGCAUUACCAGACAUCAAACCCGAACACAACGUCGACGAAGACAAUGGCCCGCGCAAGAAACCCAAACUAGGCGGCAGCGGCGGUGCAUUCUCCGGCUUCAAUUCAUUCCUACCUGCGCCGAAGAAAACCACAACUACUACCGCCAGCAACAGCGCGACAGAGAAAAAGGCGCCCGCGCGCAAGAUAUUCAGUCUAAAGACGGGCGCAGCGCCGGGGUUCGAUCGCGAGGCGGACGCGGAGAUGCGGAAUGAGCGGGCGUUUGGAAACCUAGGUAAUGGUAAUAAUAAUGAUGAAGAUGAGACGAUACCCAAGGCGGGAAGUAUGAGGGAUCAGGAAUUGGAUUUCGGGAAUGAGGACAAUAAUGUGGGAGGAGAGCAGGUUGUACCGCAGAUGAAGAAGCCAGAGGAGGUCAAGUUGAAGGGUAACCCGAUGAUGUUCAAGCCGUUGUCUGUGGGGAGGGCGUCGCAGCAGAAGAAGAGGAAGGCUGUUUCGGAUCUCAUGCCUGCUGCUGCGGCUGUACGGAGGAAGGAGGAUGGGCCGACGGCAGCUUCGUCUACAUCUACACCUACGCCUGCGGCUGCUGCUGCUGCUGCUGCACCACCACCACCAAAACCCAAAAUCAGCCUCUUCUCCCUCUCCGCCGACGACAACAACUCUACACCCACCACCACAUCAACAGCACCAUCAGCAACAACCUACGAACCCCUAGUCUACACCCCCCUCGACUCCGCUCCCGCCGGACCCUCCCCCGCGCCUGAAGAUACCACCACAGCACAGCAACCCACAUAUCAAACCACUACAUCCGACAACACACUCAGCACCAUCGCCGACGACCUCAACCUCUCGAAAGCCCAACGACGCCAACUCUUCGGCCGCAACGCACCCGAAUCCGUGGCGGCCAGUUCCCGCGUCUUGCACUUCAACACCGACCAAGAGUACGUCACGAACCAGGAGCUGGCGCACACGGAGCUGGCGGCGCAGCAACAUAACCCUGUUAGGGCGAUUGCGCCGGGUAAGCAUACGCUGCAGCAGUUGGUUAAUGCGGCGAGUACGCAGCGUGAGGCGCUGGAGGAGAGCUUUGCUGCUGGGAGGAGGAAUAAGAGGGAGGCGGGGGCGAAGUAUGGGUGGUGAUUACUUUCAUAGGGUAUUGGAUGUGUGUAUAGUGUUAUGUAGUGUAGUGUAGUUAUUGGUGGGGUGGGGGUUGCAUGGAUGGAGUUUAUGAUUGUUGUUUGAAAUGUUAAUGUGGA